AUGAAUACAGAAGUACCUGUGGUACUCAUAGAUGGAGAUAUAACACAAAGUGUUGAUGUGGCAGAUACUGUGCAAUAUGAUAGGUUGGACAUUGGUCAUUAUGUGAAUAAAAUAGAUGCUUUGAAUGAUCAUGAAAAACAUAAGUUACUGAACAAGGUAUGGAAACCCACACAAACUCAUAACUUCGAGAAAGACAUCAAAACAAACAGAAAGUUUAAGUAUGCUUGGUUUGAAAGCUUUCCUUGGCUAGUUUAUUCUGACCUUCUUAAAGGUGCAUUUUGCAUUCACUGUGUUUUAUUUUCUAAAAAUGCAAUGAAAAUUGGUAAAAUGACACAGUUAUGUACGCAACCAUUUCAAGACUGGAGAAACGCUACCAAAGUUUUUAAAAUUCAUGGGGAAAAAUCGCCAUUCCAUCGACAAUGUCAGGCAGAUGCUAAUAGUUUCAUGUUCAGAUAUACCAGAGGCACUGGCAUAGCACAACAAUUAGAUGGGAUUCAAAAUGCCACUAUCGCUAAGAAUCGCUUGAUAAUGACAUCACUUAUUAAAAUCAUAACAGUGAUUGCAAGGCAAGGAUUACCUCUCCGUGGAAAAGAUGAAACUGAUCCAACAGCGGAGUUCCAAGCCAGAUCGAAAAAUGAAGAUGGUAAUAAUUGUGGCAAUUUCCUUGCGAUUGUUAAAUUAGCUGUUAACCUAGAAUGUCCUAUAUUGAAAGAGCACCUAUCAACGUGUGCUAAAAAUGCAACCUACUUGUCAAAAACUGUACAAAACGAACUGAUCUAUCUGAUAGCCAAAAAUAUCUAGCAUCAGAUCGUCGACGAUAUAAAAGCUAACAAAUACUUCUCAGUGCUAGCCGACGAGGCUACGGAUGUUAGUAACAAGGAACAGAUGCCCAUAGUUACAAGGUAUGUCAACAUUAGUGGUGACAUAAAAGAAGUUUUUAUGACAAUGGCGGAGUGUCGUUAUGGUGUCUCUGGUGAAGCUUUAUCAAAAACGAUUGUUGAUUCGAUUCGUGAUGUAAAUCUCGAUAUGAACUUAUGUAUGGGGCAGGGAUAUGAUGGCGCAGGUAUAUUACAGAGUCUUUUAUCUCCGAUUAUUAGUUGUAAAAAUUUUCAAUCUUGUUUAAUUUCACGUUCUAGGU